UAACCGCCGGAAGUUGUACUUUCUGCGACUCCGGCUAGCUUGAUGCUCCGCUCCGGAAAAGCAGCGAGUUGCAGUGAAUCGCAACGACUGAAGAGUGGAGGAGAGGAGAAUGAUGGGAGCGAAUACCAUCCCCUUUAAAUGACCCAAAUCCUACAGUGGAAGCAGAUAGUAUCCAGGCUAAUUAUUGCUCUUGGUCUGAAUUUUCUCCAGUAAAAUGUCGGCGUCGGCGAUAUUUAUCCUCGACCUGAAGGGAAAGGUGCUAAUCUGCCGUAACUACAUGGGGAACAUGGACAUGAAUGAGAUUGACCACUUUAUGCCCAUCCUGAUGAAGAGAGAAGAGGACGCUGAGAUGACACCUCUGGUCACCCACGGCUCCACACACUUCCUGUGGAUCAAACACAGCAACCUUUACUUGGUGGCACUGACAAAGAAGAAUGCCAACGCUGCCCUGGUGUACUCCUUUCUUUAUAAAAUUGUCCAGGUAUUUAAGGAGUACUUUAAGGAGCUAGAGGAGGAGAGUAUUCGUGACAACUUUGUGACAGUGUACGAGCUGAUGGAUGAAGUGAUGGACUUCGGUUUUCCGCAGACAACUGAUAGCAAGAUCCUACAAGAGUACAUCACCCAGCAGGGUCAUAAAUUAGAGGUUGGGGCUCCUCGACCUCCUGCCACUGUCACCAAUGCGGUGUCUUGGCGGUCAGAAGGCAUCAAGUACAGGAAGAACGAAGUUUUCAUGGACGUCAUUGAGUCAGUAAAUCUCCUGGUGAACGCCAAUGGCAGCGUCCUGCGGAGUGAAAUAUUGGGCACUAUCAAACUCAAAGUGGUCCUGUCGGGGAUGCCUGAACUCAGAUUGGGCCUCAAUGACAAAGUGCUGUUUGAAAUCACAGGCAGAGAGAAGAGUAAGACAGUGGAGCUAGAGGAUGUGAAGUUUCAUCAGUGUGUCCGUCUGUCACGCUUCGAGAACGACCGCACCAUCUCUUUCAUCCCCCCCGACGGGGAGAGCGAGCUCAUGUCCUACCGCCUCAACACAACAGUAAAGCCUCUCAUAUGGAUUGAGAGCGUGAUUGAGAAGUUCUCUCACAGCCGCGUGGAGAUCAAGGUGAAGGCUCGGAGUCAGUUUAAGAGCCGGUCCACUGCCAACAAUGUGUCCAUUCUGGUGCCAGUGCCGAGUGAUGCUGACUCACCCAAGUUCAAGACCAGCACAGGCAGCGCAAAGUGGGUGCCCGAGAAGAGCGUGGUGCAGUGGAACAUCAAGUCUUUCCCUGGUGGUAAGGAGUACAUGAUGCGGGCGCAUUUCGGGCUACCCAGUGUGGAUAGUGAUGAGCUGGAAGCAAAGAGACCAAUCACAGUAAACUUUGAGAUCCCUUAUUUCACUGUGUCUGGGAUUCAGGUGCGUUACCUUAAGAUCAUAGAGAAGAGCGGUUACGCAGCAUUACCAUGGGUGCGCUACAUCACACAAAGUGGAGAUUACCAGCUCCGGACACAGUAAAGGGCACAGAUGCUGCUAGACGAAUGGAUAUUUUCUCCCUCUGUCUGUCUUCCUCUCUUCUUUCCUCUCCUCUCUCUGUUUCUCUGGCUGGGGCCCGUCUGCAAUGGACAGCAGAGGACAAGCACAUGAGGACACAUGAAAUGAUUUUCCCACCCUGAACGGAAAGGAAAUGUCAUCCCUUCCUAUAAGACUUUCUCAACUCAAGACGGGAAAGGCUGUUGCAUCACCUCUGACCUGUGAUUUCUUUUUUAAGGGCUCCUCAGGACUCCAGCAAAACGUCUUAAUAUGGGAAUAAUGAACUGAUGACUUUUUGAUGCUGUCUGGUUCUGGCAAGCUCUCAUCUCCUCACUUUUAAUGUCAGGCCCCUUAAUGCUAAUUGCACAAUUUGCAGAAAAUACAUUAUUUUUAACCACAUUUUUCUCAGAAAAGAGAACAUUUAGAAACCUUUUAAAAUAUAGAAUUUGGAGCAGUAUCUUGGCUUGUCCACUGAAACAUGUAGCUUUCACUGUGUAACAUGCAAACCCAAUAAAUAGUGCCAGUAUACAGUAACUGUGAUGGGUAAUUGCGAGAAUUUUAUUUGUCAAAGAGCUGGAAUAUUGCAGAUGGGUGAUUUAUUCUCAAUGAAAAGAGUGCCAUGUCAGAUUAGAUUUUAUUCUUUUCUGUAGAGAAAAUUGUUGCUCCAUGCAGGAUGUUAACCAAUAGACCACAUCUUUGGACACCUGUUAUCAUUUUUAACUGUGAGGGUUUUUAUUCCUCAUUAGCGUUGUCCUUAAUAACCACUUUAUGAUCUAUAUACAGUACAUUUUAACUUUGUUGAUAAUCCCCAUCCCUCUCUAAGACGUAUUUUUUCUGGAACUUAUAUAUUAUAUAUUCAUUGCCUUAAAAGAAUUGCCUAUGAGCACUGUGAAAAUAAUCCCCAGUGCACUGAAACUAACACCAGUGACCAGAUCAAUGAUUAAUAAGGCACAAUAUGGUCUGAAGCGUUGGCAGUGUAACAUAAUACCAUUAACGAGCUCUCAUGGGGCCUGUAACCUUGUCCCCUUGCUUGAAAUCAGCUUGCACCUUUUAGGUCAGACUGAAGGAAGGAGCAUGGUGCAGAUUGUUGUCAUAUUUAUAUCUGUUGUUUAUACUGUACUAGUUAGUCCCCUGUGGAAAAUGAUUGGAUAAAACGGAGGUUGAUAGGAGGGGAGGGGAGGUAAAAUAACCUGCAGGUAUUUCUUUGCAGAAUCUGAGAAUAUCCACAAUAUGUUGAGGUAAUUGUUUUUUUCAUGACUCUUUGUCUGUUUUAUAUGUUGACCUCUGCAGGCCCAUAUACUUCUUCAAAGCAGUUUGUAAUGUGUUCUACUCCCUCUGUUGUGCAUGCAUUGCACCACAUCAGUUCAGCUGCACUGCCAACAGCAAAGAAGAGAGUCCUGUGUUGAGUUAUUGCAUCUCUGCUGUUAAGUACAAUUACAAGAGAUUACAAUCCUCCCAUUAUAUUGUGUGGGAACAGUUUAUUGACACCAUGAGGAUUGUAAAUAAGUGUGUCUGUGUGUUAUAAUGUAUUUGCAUUUAUUUAGCCACUGCUAUUUGUCGAUGGGAAGCAAAGGGAUAUAUUUGGAAAUAAACAUUUUUUGUAACUUG